AUUUCCUAUGUUUAUUUACAAAUCUGAGCAGUGGGUGUGUUUUUGUUGAUUUCUGUGUGUAUGUUUUGACGUUUCAGUAAUUUUUGUUAAGUUUUUUUUAUUAUUUUAUUUGCUAGCAUAUGGUGAAAUAAAAUGUCUUACCAAAGUCUGGAUAAUCGUAAAAGACUUGUUAGAAGUCGAAGUGGUUUACGUGUUGUUAGUAUUGAAAAUGAGCGAUCUAGUCCGUUCGAAAUUGGAGAACCUUUUUGGGUUCCUGACUCAGAAUCACCAUCAUGUGGAAAGUGUCAUGUCAAAUUUGAUUUCUUAAACCGUAGACACCAUUGUAGGCGUUGUGGAAAUGUUUACUGCAAGAACUGCUGUGAAACUAAGCUUCCCCUUCAAAGAAUGUGUUUUGUAGAUCCUGUCAGAAUAUGUGAUCAGUGUAUUGAAGUGACAAAAAAAGAAAACGAAUUUUAUGAUAAGCAUUUGAAAGUUUUAUUAAGUGGUUCACAUUUUAACUUAGAUGAAGAGACUGGCUCUGGAACUCUUAUUCCAAUUCAGUGCUGUUUAUCAAAGGAUCACCAGGCAUUGAUGCUUGAUGGAGGAAACUUGUGGCAACAUAACCCAGUGUAUCUUACGGAUAUUGUAUCUGUUCGAGUUCUGGGAACAGCAGGAAAUUCAGGUUUAUCAAAUAUUGUCGGCGCUGUUAUUAGGUUUUUUGAUUUUAUGAAAGUGGAAAAAGAACUACGAAUAUGCUUAACCGAUGUGCCGAAUCGAAAACAAUCAGUUGCCUGGAUUCAUGCUCUACAAAAGGCUUUGAAAUUUGUGACUCCUGGAGCUUGAUCAUUUUUGCACCUGCUUCAUUUUUUCGAUUUAUGAAUAAAUUGUUGCUAUGAUAAUUUUUUUUAAUGUGA